AUGGGAAGAAAAGGUGUUGUUUGCUGGUGUUUGUGUUUCUUUGUUACUGUUUGGUGUGUUAGAGCAGCUAGAUUGGGGAGUAAUGGGUUGGAAAUAGGAGAUAAAGAUAAUAACACUACGGUGGCUGCUUAUGGCGGGUCAGGAAAUGGUGGCCGGGGAGGAUAUGGUACUGGUGGAGGGAGGGGAUACGGGUCAAGAAAUAGGGGUGGGUAUGGGAAUGGAGGGAGAGGUGGAUUUGGUUCUCCUGGUGGUAAUAUGGGCGGGGGUGGUGAUUCUUCUGGUGGUGAUAUGGGCGGAGGUGGUGGCUCUGAUGAUGACGAUAUGGGUGGAGGCGGUGGUCGAAGUGGUGGAUCAGGUUCGGGCCCUGGUAAGGGAAUUGGAGUUGGAAGAGGUGGAUAUAGUGGAGGUGGUGGUUUUGGGUCAGGGUCUGGCAACUGGGGUGGAUAUGGCAAUGUAGGAAAUCCGUCUACCGGGGGAGGAUUUGUGGGGGGCGGGUAUGGUUCAAGAGGAGGUUUUGCGGGUGGUGGAGGUGGGUUCGGGUCCAGGACGGGUCCAGGCUUGGGUUAUGGAAACUUUGGAGGUUCAGCGAGUGGCGGUUUUAGUGGUGGUGAUGGUGGCGGAGGAGGAGGUCCUCAUAAUAAAGGAGACAAGAAUUAG